CCAUAAUGAGAGCUACAGUGAUCAAAUGCCCAAAAUUAGUCAUGCCGUCUAAGUGGACAAUUCAAAAAUUUCUUAGUAGACAGUAGUAAGAAAGUGACUAGAAAUUAUUAUUAAGUACAAUUUUGCAACAAUUUAUUAGUGAGAUUGUAUUCUAUAAAUAUCUCUUGAAGACUGAAGAAUGUAUUAGAUUGUUUUUACAACUACUACUAAGUCCAGACAACUAAUUCGUAUGCAAGUUAUUUAGGUAAUGUAAAAAGAGAGUAUUAGAUAAGUGAUCCCGAAAACCAUUAAGCGCUACAUUAUACUUAAUUGGCAUAUAGUACACAUUCAACGGUAACGAGUUAAAGACAAGAAUUUGAAUAAUCAAGACAUUCCAAAAAAAUCUUUAAAAAUGUACAAAAUUACAGAAUCCGAAAAUUUGCUAACUGUUAAUAAAAUAAUCGACUUAAGAAGUGACACUGUGACGCGACCUGAUAUAAAAAUGCGUCAAGCUAUGUUCGAAGCAGAAGUAGGUGACGAUGGUUAUGGAGAAGAUCCAACUGUCAACAGAUUAGAAAAUAGAGCAGCUCAAUUGUUUCAGAAAGAAGCAGCAAUAUUUUUACCAAGUGGUUUAAUGGGAAAUUUAGUAUCAAUGAUAGUUCACUCUAAACACCGAGGGUCUGAAGUAAUAGUGGGUAGUAAGAGUCAUAUUCUCUUAUGGGAACAAGGUGGAGCGUCGCAAAUUGGUAGCUUACAACUUCGCGAAGUAAAAAAUUUACCCGAUGGUACUUUUGAUAUAUUAGACCUAAAUGAGAAACUUAGGCCAGAAAGCCCAGACCCUCAUGAACCUUAUACAUCAGUGGUGUGUAUUGAAAAUACACAUAAUACCUGUGGUGGGACUGUAUUACCACUCAAGUGGAUAGAUGAGUUAUCAAAUAAAUUAAAGAAAGAGAAAAUACCUUUGCACAUGGAUGGUGCAAGAGUGUUUAACGCAGCUGUGAGUCUUGGAGUCCCUGUCAGUCGUAUUGUGCGUGACUGCGAUUCUGUGACUUUUUGCCUUAGUAAAGGCCUGGGUUCGCCUAUAGGUGCAGUAUUAGUUGGCAGUAAAUCUUUUAUUCAACAAGCUAGGAGAACACGAAAAGUACUUGGUGGUGCUAUGCGACAAGCUGGAGUAAUUGCUGCAGCAGGCUUGUAUGCAUUAGAAAACUGUGUUGAAAGAUUAGCAGAUGAUCAUAGGCGUGCAAAAUCAAUUGCAUGUGCAAUUCAAGAAAUUGCAAGUCCAAAUUUUACUUGCAACUUAAAUUUGGUUCAGUCUAACAUGUUAAUUAUAAAUAUAAACGUAUCAAAAGUAAAUGUAUCAGAUUUCAUUCAGAAACUUCUCCUGAUUGACAAAAAUGAGUUAUUAGACAGUAAUUUGAAUAAAACACAUUCGACUAUUGUUAAAGUGUCACAAUUAAGUAGUGAUAGUGUUCGAAUAGUAUUGCAUAAAGAUAUAUCUGAGCAAGAUGUCAAUAUUGCAAUAGAGAAAUUAAAGUAUGUUAUAAGUAGGUUUUAAACUACAUAAAUAAUUUACCAAAGUAGUUUUAAUUUAGUAAUAAUAUAUAAUUAUAUACAUAAUUUUUUUUAUAGUUAUAUUGAUAAUCAAAAUUAACUCUGUAAGAUAAUUAAUAGUUUUUAUAGACAAUAUAAAAUAAUUAUAUAUAA